CAGAUUAUGAUUGGCAUCUAUCAUGUACUCAUGUGGUAUUUCCUAUUGGUAUUGUAUAUGGGACAAAUUAAAGGAGUAUUUGGGACUUAUGAACCUUUAACUUACAAAAUGGGAACUGCUUUAUGGGGAAUUGCUUUUGUCAUUUCAGGAGCCUUCACAAUAAAAGCAGCAAGAAAACAAAAUAGAAAUAUGGUUGUCUGUACUCUGUCCCUGAACAUGCUCUGCAUCAUGGUUGUGCUCAUUGCAGCCAGCCUGACAAUAGUGGAGUUGGCUUACUUCCGCUCUGUGUCAUACAGGAAUUAUGGACAAGCAAAGCUGGGGAGGGAAGUGUCCCGUAUUCUGUUGUUCUCCUACCCCCUGGAAUUUGGGGUCGCCCUCUCAUACUCAAUCUGCAACUGUUCACAAUUGGGAAGAAGAGAAGAGGAGAAUUUAGAAACUGUUACUGAUGGCGUGGAGGGCACAUUAUUCUGA